GCAAGCUUCAAUGAAUUUCAUGUAACACAGGGUGAAACUUGGGAUACUCCUAUGAAUACAGAAUUACCAGUAAAACUUUCAUAUCUAUCGUCUAUUACGUCAGUUGUUUUAUUUGAAGCUCUGGGAGUGAAUAAUCCCGACUUCUCUCCCCCCGUUCUUCCCGUAUACCGCUUCUUUUAUUAUUCCUAUAUCCUCGAUUUCUACCACUAUUAUGACAUCUGAUAUCAAGAUUCCCGCCUUUGAGGCAACCCCUAUUGACAGCAUUGCUGAGAUUGCUGCUACAGUCCGCCAGUCGUAUCAAUCUCAAAAGACCAAAGAUGUCGAGUGGCGGCUUGUACAGCUCCGAAAGCUGUACUGGGGCAUUACGGACUACGCUGAGAAUUUCCAGGCCGCCUUGAAGAAGGAUUUGAACAAGGCGCCUCACGAUGCUAUGUUGUCUGAAAUCCACCAUUUGAUUACGGAGCUUAACGUAGUUCUCAAAAAGUUGAAGGACUGGGUAAAGGAUGAUAAGGAUAUCGAAUAUCACUGGACCUUUUCAGCCAUGAAACCACGUAUCAGAAAGGAACCUCUAGGCGCGGUUCUAAUUAUUGGCCCCUAUAAUUUCCCUCUGAUGCUUAACGUCGCUCCGCUCAUUGGUGCCAUUGCGGCUGGCUGCACCGCUGUCAUUAAGCCUUCUGAGAGCGCUCCUGCGACUGCCAUGGUAAUGAAGGAGAUGAUUGAGAAGUAUCUCGACCCGGAGUCGUUCUUCGUUGUCAAUGGAACAAUCCCGGAGACCACUGCCUUGCUCAAUGAGAAGUGGGAUAAGAUCUUCUACACCGGCGGCCCGACUGUUGCAAGAAUCAUCGCAAAGAAGGCCGCCGAGACCCUUACGCCAGUUGCUCUCGAGCUUGGAGGUCGAAAUCCUUCGUUCAUCUCUAGAUCUACCAACUUAGCGCUAGCUGCAAGACGCCUCAUGUGGGGGAAAACAAUCAACGCGGGCCAAAUUUGCAUGUCGCAGAAUUAUGUGACCGUCCAGAGAGACUUAGUCGAGGACUUUAUCAAGCACCUCAACGCGACCUACAAGGAAUUCUACCCCAACGGUGCCAAGGCGAGCCUAGAUUACGCCCGCAUCGUUAACGAGCAGCAAUUCGACCGCAUCAAGAAGAUGCUCGACACUACCAACGGCAAGAUAGUCUUGGGCGGAGAGACGGAUAGAUCUGAUCUUUACAUCUCGCCAACCGUUGUUCUCGUGGACUCUACCGACGAUCCCAUGAUGAAGGACGAAUCUUUCGGUCCCAUAUGGUCGAUUAUCCCCUACGACACUGUCGACGAUGCUAUUAAGAUCAUGAAUACGGUUGACCCUACACCUCUGACGCUUACAACCUUCGGGUCCAAAACUGAGAACGAAAAGAUCCUUGGCCACGUUACUUCCGGCGGUGCCACUAUCAACGACGCAUUCAUGCACGGCGCGAUAUCCACGCUGCCUUUCGGAGGCGUCGGCGAGUCCGGUACUGGCUCAUACCACGGCCGAGCGGGAUUCGACUGCUUCACGCACCGGCGUACGAUAGUCGAGGUGCCGAAUUGGAUGGACAAGCUGCUACGCCCACGGUAUCCACCCUUCUCGGCGCCCGACUUCAAGCGCCAUAUCUGGAUGACUAACCCCAAGCCUAAUUUCGACCGCGACGGCAAGCCCCUUUCCGGUCCCGGCUACUGGCUCUGGCUCAUCUUCGGCCUCGGCGGCCCCACUGCCAAAGGUGCGUUAAUGAGGUGGAUUGUUCUCCUUACCUCGGCGUAUGCCGUAUUUUCUCGGUAUCGGUCUGGGCGCGGUCUUGAGUUUUGGAAGUGAUGUGCGAUAUUGGGGUUUGCAGCGACUUUAAUGUAAGGGGUGUCCGGAUGUAAGGGAUAUCACUUCCCAGCUCUCCUUGUUAUCAAAUUUGUUGGUUUUGGUUCGGCUAACUGGUAUGACUAGGUGAUACUCCGCGAGCGAAGCUCUAAUUUGUACCCUGAUUUGCGGAAUCGAAUUUUAUUUGUAUUCGUAAGAUUGUUGCGCAUACGACGAGUCUAUCUCGAGUAUCGAGUUACACUGUAUUUUGCAUGUGU